AUGUCUAAUCCUGAACCCAUCCAGCUUCCUGAAAGCUACGUCACCCCUGCAGACAGCCAUGUUCGAAUCUCAAACCAUCCCGCCCAUAGCCAUGGCGUCACUCCAAUACUGAUUGCAACACUCAAUCGUCCACAGAAGCUCAAUGCCAUUACCGGAGACAUGAUUCGAAGUCUGAUUAAGCUGUUCCGUGCCGUCAAUGUGGACAAUCGAGUGAAAGCAGUCAUCCUCACUGGUGCUGGGAAAGCAUUCUCCGCUGGCAUUGAUCUUACCAUGGAUGCCAGCAAGGCAAAAGACAUGUUACCCCCUAGUGAGAUGCGUGAUCCUGGCGGUACCCUGGCACUGUCCAUGUUUAAUUGCAGCAAGCCGGUUAUUGUGGCCUAUAAUGGCUUAUCUGUGGGCAUCGGUAUGACAUCCACGCUGGCUGCCGCCAUUCGUAUUGCUCCUCGGACCGCCGAGUUUGGAUUUCCAUUUGCCCGUAUCGGCCUCACAAUGGAGUCAUGCAGCUCCUUCUUCCUACCACGCAUGGUAGGUUACAGCAACGCAACGUAUCUACUUGCCACGGGUAAAAGAUAUCCGGCGGACUCCCCUGUCCUUAGUGGCAUUUUCGCAGAGCUCUGCCCUGAGCCCAAAGACGUUUUACCACGGGCUAUUGAAUUGGCAGAGGACAUUAUCAGCAAUGUCAGCUUAAUGGCCGUGUAUUUGAAUCGUCAGCUAAUCUGGAGGAACCCUGGGUCGGCUGAGAAAGCCCACCUUGUUGACAGUCCUCUUUUAUAUGACAUGUUUGGUGGCAACGACCACCUUGAUUUCAAGAAAGCCUUCUUUUCGAAGCAGGAUCCUAAAUUCUCGGAUGACAUUUGGAAGAAUGCCCCCCGUGGGUAUCCGUGGUGGGAUGAGUUGUCUGUGCAAACUCGCCUGCCACGUAAGCAAAUCACGGAGAGCAAGCUAUAA